AUGUUGUCAGCGUGGAUGAAGGAGACGAGACGACAACGAUCGGAGAAGAAAAAGAUCUCGUUGUCAGAGAAAGUUGGGGAGGGCUCUCACCGGCAAGAUGACGAGGCGUGUAGCACCGAUCAGAACGAGGGGACAACAGUACCGCCGGAGACUUGCGGUGAGGCGGAGCUCAUUUUGAAAGCCAAAAUGGCUACUUCGGGUUCAGUGUCCGAGAGUUAG